AUGGGAGACCCCUUUGGCAUCACACAGGAGGUGCUUGGGAAGCUAAGAUCCCUCGCCAUCCAAGAAGCAGUUGCGAUUUAUGGUGUCGAGGACCAGUUCAGCGAGCUUAGAGAGACGUUGACUGCCAUCAAGGCGGUGUUGUCAGAUGCGGAGGAGCAGCAGACGAAGAAGCACAGCCUGCAAGUGUGGCUGGAUCGGCUUCAAGAUGUAUUGUACGAUGCGGAGGAUGUGCUCGAUGAACUCGAGUGCGAAGCCUUACGAAAGAAGGUGAUAAGUCGCUAUAGGGGUAUCAAAGAGAAGGUAUAUCGCUUCCUUUCCCUCUCUAAUCCACUCAUAUUUCGUGUGAAAAUCAGUCAUAAAAUCAAGGCGAUUCGGGAGAGAUUAUCCAGAAUUUCUGCCGAUAAAGAUCAAUUCAAUCUUUUGCGGAGUGCUGACAAUAGUGAGGCGCAUAUGCCACUACGAGAGAUCACUGACCCGUUUGUAAGGAAGUCGAAUAUCGUCGGAAGAGAUAGUGAUAAAGAAAUGAUAAUUGAGAUGUUGUUGCCUUCGGUAGAUGACAAAAACAUCUCGGUGAUUCCCAUUGUCGGAAUAGGAGGUUUGGGCAAGACGACCCUAGCAAAAAUAGUUUACGAUGACGACAGGUUGCAAACUCAUUUGCUAGACAUAAUCAAAGACAAGAAAUAUCUACUUGUCUUGGAUGAUGUAUGGAGCAAUGACCACAGGAAAUGGAAAAAAUUGAGAGAUUUGCUUCGUGAAGGAGCUAGUGAAAGCAAGAUAAUUGUGACAACACGUAGUUCAGAAGUUGCUUCCAUAAUGGGUACCCAUCCAGCCCACAAUCUAAAAGGUCUUUCUCAUGAAGACUCCAUGGCCUUGUUGAAAAAAUGUGCCUUUGACGAAAAAGAAACGCAACCACGUUCCGAUCUCCUUGAGAUUGGAAAAGACAUUGUCGCAAAAUGUCAAGGAGUUCCUCUCCUUGUGGAAACUCUGGGGAGCCUACUGAAUUCAAAGGAUGGUGUUGGGGAUUGGAUUCGUAUAAGGGAUAGUGAAACAUGGGAGUUAGCAGAAGCGAAAGAGGAUAUUUUGCCGGUUCUUAAGCUUAGCUAUGUUCAUUUACCAUCUCACUUAAAGCAAUGUUUUCCUAUCUUGUCACUUUUCCCCAGAGGAGUUCAAUUCCAGGCCUGGCAUUUGAUUGGGCUAUGGAUGGCUUUAGGACUCAUUAGUUCAAAAAGCGAAAAACUAGCACCGGAAGACAUUGGUGUUGAGUAUGUCAAAGAGUUGCGGAGGAGAUCUUUGAUCCAAAAUGUUGAGGAGCAAGGAACAAUACUCCAGAGAUUUCAGAAAAAGUUCGAUGCAUUUCGCUCCCUAACGGUUCAUUAG